GGGGGGAAGAGAGUAAAUAGAGAAGCCUCAAGAUGGCUGACUCGCAGGGCGCUAUUCACCUCUCUGGAGCUGCUGCUACUCCUACUGUACCCUCCGUUCAAAGCGCGCUCGGCAAGCCGAGUGAGGCGAAGAGAGCCCCUGACAACCACUCCCAGUCUUCCCGCGAUUUCAGCCAGCCGCCGCCGCCCAAGAAGGUCCGAGCCGAGGAGAGGAGCGUUAAACCCAAGAAACUCAGCAGGGACGGAGGAGUGGGAGGCAACGGUAGCGGUAAAGAGAAACUCCAGCAGCACACGAAGCAGCAGAGUUAUGGGAGCAGCUCGGGUUUGUGGAGCUUUAGCCCGGUUAAGACGAACAACAACCCCCCUCCGGUGGCUGCUACUGGUGGGUCCCAGCCACCGAUAAGCACUCACAAAGUCUUCAAACAGAGCGAUUUCUUCCUCCACAAGGCGCCUUCUUCCUCCAAAGCCAAGAAACCAAAUAAAGAUAAACAGCAAGAGAAAGAGAGGGAGAAGGGGAAAGGAAGCGGAGAGGAGAAAAAGAAACACAAACUGUUGUUGACCUCUGGAUCCGGGAGUACCGUUAAUAACGAUGUCGGUAGAUAUAACGAUAUUUCUGCAGUGAAGAAAGAAAAUGGAGAGGUCAUAUUGCCACCAAAGGAUCAUUCCACCAAGGACACGACGAAGGAGAGGGAGCGAGAGGAGAGGGAGAAGAAGAAGGUCAAAGAACGAGAGAAAGAAAAGGAGAAGAAGAAGCACAAAGUGAUGAAUGAGAUCAAGAGGGAGAAUGGAGAAGUCAAGCAGCCGAUUAAAGAUGAAAAAGAGAAAGCCAAGAUCAACUCGGAGGAGCUGCAGAUCAAAAAAGUGAAGAAGAAAAAGAAGAAGAAACACAAAGAAGGGGAGAAGCACAAGCAUGUGAAGAUGUACCACCGCUCCUGCCAAACCAUCUGUGCUGGUCUGCUUCUCCUCCCUCCUUCCUCCUCGUCCCCCACCUCCUCUCCCUCCCCUUCUGAACUAAAACACGACUCCCCCCUGUCCUUAUUUAAGUCCCCUCUACCUGUUUACCCUCUGCCUAACAACAAAACCUCCCAUCUCCCUCCCUCCUCUCCUUCCAAGACUCACCUGAACUCGCUCCACAACUCGCUUGACUCUCCGUUGUCCUCCACCAAGUCCCCUCUCUCUUCCCCAACCAAACAUCAACCGCAGUGCACCUAUCCCAGCACAGCGGACCUGGAGUUUGCGUCAUACAUUCACAUAGAGAACCAGCCUAACGGAGGGGCCCUAGUGGCUCACGCCUACACAUCGCAGCUCUCCUCUCUCUCAGUGGACCAGAGGGAAAGGUUUGCUCAGGAGUUUGUCACGUUGGCGUUCAGUGAGGACACAUCCCAGGCAGCUCAUUAUGUCAUGGGAAUUGUCCACGGAGCAGCCAAUUACCUACCGGACUUUUUGGACUACUUCUCAACCAAGUUUCCAUCGGCUCCUGUCAAAAUGGAAAUACUUGGAAAGAAGGACAUAGAAACCACCACUAUGGCUAAUUUCUACUCUCAGGUGAAGAAAACCUAUAGUCAUGGCACAUACAGAGCCGGAGCCAUGAGACAGAUCAGCCUGGUGGGAGCCGUGGAUGAGGAGGUUGGCGAUUAUUUCCCAGAAUUCCUCAGCAUGCUGGAAGAGUCACCUUUCCUGAAGAGGACUCUUCCAUGGGGAACGUUUUCCAGUCUGAGGCUGAUGAGUCCCACAGAGAGCGACGACGGUCCUAUAAUGUGGGUCAGACCAGGAGAGCAGAUGAUACCUGUAGCUGAUAUACCAAAGUCUCCUUUUAAAAGAAAACGCUCUGCAAAUGAGGUGAAGAACCUGCUUCAGUCGUUGCCCAGGACCAGCGAGCCCAGAGAGAUGCUGUUUGAGGAUCGGACGCGGGCCCACGCUGAUCACAUCGGACAGGGUUUCGAGCGCCAGACCACGGCAGCCGUGGGGGUGCUGAAGGCCUUAUGCUCCGUAGAAAGCUCGGAGCCUCCUCGUGUAACCAAAGAUGUUGUGUGUUUCCACGCUGGUGAUUUCCCUUAUGUAGUUCAGAGGCUGCAGUUGGACUUACAUGAACCCCCGCUGUCUCAGUGCGUGCAGUGGGUGGACGACGCCAAACUAAACCAGCUGCGGCGGGAAGGCGUUCGAUACGCUCGCAUCCGCCUGUGCCACGAUGACAUCUACUUCAUCCCCCGCAACGUGGUCCACCAGUUCAAGACAGUGUCUGCUGUCUGCAGCCUGGCAUGGCAUGUCCGCCUACAGCAGUACCACAAGGGAGAAGGAGGAGAGGAGGCGAAGGUAAAGGAAGAAGAGGAACAGGUCGAGCUGAAGGAGAAAGAGGCAGAAUCCGUUUCUGAGGAUGAGGAGGAGAGGGUAAAGGAGGAGGAUGUUGAGGUGGAGGUGGCAGAAAACAGGACAUUGCUGACUGCCAGAAAGGAGCAGGAUGAUGAUCAGCCUCAACGUCCAUCUGCUCUCUCAGUGCACUCAGACAUACAGGAUGCGAUGAAGAGGAUAAAUGAAGAGGGAAGACCUAAACAGCUGGAUUCACCACCUGCAAGAGUGAAGGCAGAACCUCCAGCUCCUGUCUGCAAGAACAAAUCACCUCCACCUCUCAUUAUGCCCCCUCCUGCCUCUCAGCCUCAGCAGAACACAGAACCCAAAACCUCAUCAAAACCUCAUCACCACCACCUUCAUCUCUCAGACAGCAGAACAAUGUCUUCCAGUAGAAGUUCCUCCUCAGCUUCUCCUAAAUCAUCCCCAAAGUCUUCCACUUCGAUGUUUUCACACUCACCUGUCACAAGUUUGCAUUCGUCUUUUGCAGCUUCCCAUCCAUCUUCGACCUCUUCUUCUUCCUCCUCCUUUACUGUGGUGUCCACAUCUUCCCCUCUGCCGGCUUCCUCUUCAUCCCAGACUAGUUCCAAGCCCACAGCGAACUCCCUUCUCUCCACGCUCCCUCCUUUCUCCCAGCCUCCUGCUUCCUCAGAGUUGGAUCAACCCAAGGACAAAGACUCGCUUUCCCUAAAGCCAGACGUGCUUUCACAGACGCAGGUGCAGGGGUCACCUGCUGUGGAUGUAAAGACACACGCCUCUGAAGUCGACACACGGACUCACACAGGGGUGGACGCACGGACACAAACGCGCCCAGAGGCACGGACUCACACUUCAGACUCAGAUUCCAGGACAUCCGCGGAUUUGCCAAUACAUCCACCACAGGAUGCCUCGAGGCAAGGAAACUACAUGCAGCAAUACACACCCCAGCGUCUCCACCCUCCUCCCCUCCCUCAGAUGCUCCCUCUCUCUUUCUCCCCUCUUCUGCCACACUCCCACCUCCCUCACAGACCUCCAGUCCUCCCCCAAAAUCCCCUCUCCAAUCCUUCCCUCUCCACACAGCCUCAAACGCUAAACUCUUUCCUCAGCCAGAAAGCACCGCCACAUUCAGUCCACCUGAGCCAGCUUCACCUGCACCACCAACCAAAUAUGACCACGCAGUCCCAGCCAUACUUCCAGCCCCCUCUAAUCGCCUCCCCCCCUCAAAGCGCUCCCCUCACCAGCACCCAGUCUCUUCCCCCUCAUUUUUCUCAUCCGCACCAGUUCGCCAAAACCUUCUUCCCCGCUCAGCAUCCUGGAUUCAGCUCCCACCACUUCCUCCCCCCUCAGUCUUUCCUCUCUCAGCCUCCUGGUUCUUAUCCCCUACAACCACAGUACCAAACCACAGCACCCAUGCAGGUUCAGCUGCCUCUGUCACAGUCUUUCCCCCACCCCCCUCCUCCCCCACCACCUUCCUCCUCCCCACACCCCCCUCCUCCCCCUCUUCCUCCGCCCCUACCUCCUCAACCUCAUCCUUCUGUUUUCCCCCCGCACUCAAACCACGACGAGGAGCCGAAGCAGAUUUUAUAGUAGUUUUUUGUACAUAAUGAAGCUCUUUUUAAAUGACUGUAUACGUAAAAUUUUGGUUGUGUUGUUGUAAAACAAUGUAAAAUAAAUAACUAAGGAGUUAGGAAGCAGACACAGUAUCAUAGUUUAUGGACUUAAUAUAACCCAGACCUCUGGACUGAACUGGCUUAGAUUGUACUGAUGCUUUGGUUGUGCGCAAGUUCAAAAGUAUUAAGAAUUCCUUUCAUUUACAGGUAGCUUUGGCCUUUAGUCGUUUUGAGAGAUUAUUCAGGCUCAAACGAGCCCCCUCGUCUGCCAAACUGCUGUCUGGUCCUGGUUUUUUUUUUGAAGUGGGUAUAACUCCUUUCAAACUUCAGAUUCUCCGUGAGCCUGGCAGAUGUAGGAAGAAAAUAUUUCUCCAGAAUUGUGUCAGAGAUGUAAAGGUCGUAAGUGUGGCCUUUUUGUGAAACUUGCAGCUAAUGCUUCCAUUUUUGUGGCUUUUUUUUUUUUUGGUAUGUUCUCUGUGCCCAAGACUGUUUCUGAAACAAUGAUGGCUCUCAGUGGUGUAUUGAUGUAAUAUUCCUACAUUUCAUGUACUGCAUUGUGUCAAUACAUCCAAAUCAAUACAAUCUAUCACAGUAGUUCUCUCUAAUAUUGUAUUUGGAGCAAUAAUGCUCUGCAAUAACCUGUGAAAUAUAUAACUGUAUUUCCACAUUAUUGUUAUGGUGACAGCAGGUAUUCAUGUUUUUAUUCCACCAAGUGAUACGAAACAUUAAGUAGGAGUGUAAUUUACAUGAAUGUUCCUGUAGUUUUAGUGCUACUAAACAUGAUGUGAGCUUCACAGUAGCACUGCGUUCAGUCAGGCCAUUAAGAGUCACAUUUUUGAAGUAUUGAGGUUGCGCUGUGCUGGCUGCCCUUAAUGGCACAAUAGGCAGAGCUCUUUGUGUAAUUUUCCUGACUUUUUUUUUUGUUUGUUUGUUUGUUUUUUAUAUAUGAAUUAUUUUUUGUGUCUAUUGGAUGUGUGCCAGGGUUUCUUAAUUUUGAGAACAAGCUCUGAGGAAAAUACUUGACCCAGGGCCUCCAGAAGUCUCAGGAAAAUGCAUUCAGGACAAAUCCUGAACCUGAAUUUUAUCACCUAACCUGAUCCAUGUGUUUUACUAAUAAGCAGCUACAUUAAGAGCUCACUGCGAGCUCCUAUUCAAAGAGCAAUAUCAUAUAGAUGCAGCACACCAAGAUAUCCCAAAUGUGACUCAUUAAAGCAGUUUUAAUGUGUGUGGAAAUACAGUUGAUAUUAUUGUAGAAACUUUGGGUCGAGACUUGCAGAUUCCAUCUGAUUAUCCACAGGGCAAUUUCAGGUUCUUCCAAGACUGUAACUUCAGUGUAUUCAGGCUCACUUUUUAUUAUUUUUUUUAUUUACACUUUGAAAACAGAUGGUACACUGUCACUCAUUUCCAAAGCACUAUUUAUCUAUUUACCUGAAGUCCGCUUUCUCUACAGUGUGGAGUCUAUAAAAUGUUUUAUUUAUGAACCAAGGAGUGAAGUGUUUAAAAGUACAGUAAAUUAUUGAAAGUCAAUUUUUUUAGCAUCGCCUGUGAAGAAUAUGUUUCUCCAAAUAUCUAAUCAUGAGAGUCAAACUCUUCUGUCUCGGUGCAUGUCCCACAGUUGUGUAUCUUUGUUGUUGAGAGAAACUUUUUGUCAUUAGUGUCUUGAUUUUUACUAUUGAUAUUGCUAAUGUAGCCCACAUUUCCCCAGUGCCUGUCCUUAACUGUGAACUACUAAAUGGUCCAGAGACAUGCAGUGAAGGAGUCUUCGUCUUUACUGGAAAAUCAGAGCAAAGCCUUAAAUUGGUCUCUAAAGCCGCUGAAAGCUCUCCAAAUAUCUGCGGUCUGAGGGUGUGGUGAAGUGACGUCCUCAAAGCAGGGUUGUUUUGUGUUUUUGUUUUUUUUUUUUUACUAUGAUUCAUUUCACCACAAGCCUGAAAAAAAUCUUGGAAAAAGAAAGAUAACGCCUUAGCAUUUUUGUCAGUUUGCCUCAAAGGACUCCAGUUUAGAGUCAGAAGUCUUCACUGUGUGGCUCUGGGGGAGAGCGAGGUGAUAAUUAAGCACUUGAUUACCAGUUGUGAGGCGCUCUGCCGCUCUUUUUAUGGUUUUUGGGUUUUGGAUGUUACAGAAACACGACAGGAACUUUUUUUUUUUUUUUGUACAAAUGUGACAAAAAUUAUGGCUGAAAACAGAAGUCUUCAGGGGCUACAAUUGUUUUCAGGGUUUAUUUAUCUCAAUUUUUUUUGUUUUUAUUUUUAACUGUCAGCACUGUAGUGUACAUAAUGAGUUUUGUAAAGGGGAAAAGAACUUGUAGUGUGGUUUCUACUUUAAA